UUUCCUUUAUCUCCACUCUUUAUCUCUCUUUUCUUUCUCCUUGCUUUAUCACAAUCUCACUCUUUUCUACAUUUCAAAGAAGUUUCUCAAUUAGUUGAGAUGGAUUAUUCUUCGAUGCAUCAGAAUGUGGUGGGAGUAUCUUCAUGUUCAUCACAAGAUUAUCAGAACCAGAAGAAACCAUCGUCGGCGACUAGGCCAGCUCCACCGGAGCAAUCAUUAAGAUGCCCUCGUUGUGACUCGACCAACACAAAGUUCUGCUACUACAACAACUACAGUCUCUCUCAGCCUCGCUACUUCUGCAAAUCUUGUCGGAGAUAUUGGACUAAAGGUGGAAUCUUAAGAAACAUCCCAAUAGGUGGUGCUUACCGGAAACACAAACGCUCCUCUUCUGCCACUAAAAGCCUCAGGACAACCCCUGAACCGACGGCAAGCCAUGACGCCAGAACAUUCUCGACGGCGAGUUUUGGCGGUUAUAAUAAUAACAUUAGCAAUGAACAGAUGGAGCUUGGGUUAGCAUUUGCCUUGUUGAACAAGCAACCUCUAGGGGUUUCUUCACAUCUAGGGUUUGGAAGCUCUCAGUCUCCCAUGGCCAUGGAUGGUGUGUAUGGGACCACUAGCCAGCAGAUGGAGAACGCGGGGUAUGCGUUUGGGAAUGGUGGAGGCGGUCUGGAGCAGAUGGCGACAAGUGAUCCAAACAAGGUCUUGUGGGGAUUCCCCUGGCAGAUGAACAUGGGAGGAGGAAGUGGUCAUAGUCAUGGUCAUGGUCAUGUUGAUCAGAUUGAGUCAGGGAGAGAGAUUUGGAGCAGUACUGUCAACUACAUUAACACUGGUGCUUUAUUGUAGUCUAUUUGUUUUAAAAGAAUUAUUUUCAGUAAUUUUGGGUUUGAUUAGGGUUUGGAUUCUGGUCUUCUUGGUUAGAGAAAGGGAUAAUAUGAGUUGGGGUUAAAGAAAAUAGAUAUGUUGUGCUUUCUUUAAAGAUUUUCACUUGGAAAAUGAAUUGUGUUUUUUCUU